GCCUUCAUAGUCCAAAUGGUGCUGUCGCCCGACGCCAGCCGCCUCGUCUGCCUGCACUGCAACGGUGACGUGUCAAUAUGGCGGCUGCCGCUGCUCAAGCUAUUGCACCGUCAUCCGCUUGCGUCACAACCGCAGCACGAUAUGCGCAGCCCGCUCCUGAGCGACCAGCAAGCCAAGUGCGACGCUGCGACCUUCCUGGCCGCUGACGUCAACUGGUGGAGCAAUGAGGAAAUAAUAUUAUCGCGGUUCAGCGGUGCCGUCACGGUGUGCAAUAUUGAAAACAUGGUCAACUUGCUGGGGAAGAAACCAGAGUUCUUCCAAGGGACUCCGCAGGUUACUUGCGCACACGAUGGAGCGUUCAUGGCUCUAGAAUGCGAAUCAAACGUGCUGCCGGCUAAGAAGUCUAGGAGUGACGAAAGUAUGGAAAUGGUAAAAAUAGAAGAAGCCAUUGACGACUCGAUGUACGAACUGGGCAAGGAGCUGCUUAAGUCCGUGUUAUACGCGAUCACGGAUAUGGAGACUUUCCAGCCCAAGCCGCGCCGCAUCACGGUCGUGUCACGGAUCUACCGCCUGCUGGGCGUCAAGAGCACCACGCCCACUGAGUUGUUUUCGAGGAAGAUCGAAAGCGGUAGCUACAGCGAAGCGCUAACAUUAGCCGAAACUUUCAAGUUGGACAGCGACCUGGUUUACCAACAACAGUGGAGGAAGAAUCCAGUCUCAACUGAUGCCAUACAAAAAUAUCUGAGUAAAGUAUCAAAGAAGAUUUGGGCCGUCCAUCAGUGUGUAGACCGUUUGCCAGAAACGCUACCUGCAGCUAAAGAACUCUUACAGUUUGGUUUGGAGUUAACCAAUGAACAUAUCUUACAUGAGAUCAACAAAGAUCGUGAUGAAGAUGAUCUGAAGGACCCCGAUGAUAUACGUCUGGAAGAUCUUAAUUCUUAUACCAGUGAGUUGCUGAGGUGUCGCCACGUCAUGCUCUUUUAUAAAGAACGCCUGAAGCUAUACGAGUCGAUUUUAAAGAGCGAGAAGUCAACAUACGCUAAAGACGAGUACGACCGCCUUCGCAGCCAUAGCCUCGUGCACAGUUCCAUAGAGAUCGCCAAAGAAGGCCGCAUAGACGCGCUCACUUGUCUAUGGCCAAACAUCAAAUCUGUGGCUAUGCAGCUGACCGUACUGGAGCACUUGCCAGAGACAAUCAAUCCGUUGGAGUACCAACAUCUGUUGCCGACGAAGCACCCGUUCAAACAUUGGUUCGACAAGAAGUCUCCUAUCAAGGUUAAAGCAACGGAGUAUGAGCAUGAUUGGUGCAGGAAGGAAAUCUUCAGAUCCAUAUGGAGUUCGAACUGGUCAGAAGACACGACGCCCGAGAGCGAAGCCCCGGCUGCUCUGACCACGGUCACAGACCACGAUAUCGCGGACUGGUACAACAAGCGAGCGCGUGAGAUCGAAGAACGUAGUGGUCUUGCUUCUUACGCUUUACACCUGGUCACCUUAGCCACAGUCGGUGGCGGCGUUGAAGGCCUAGACCUUAUCAUGUUCCACCUACUGACGCUGGAUACGCUGAUAUAUGAUAUCAAUGUGGAAGGCGUCACGCUGGCGUUCAUUGAGAAGCUUUCGACGCUUCACACUUGCAUGCUGCUAAUGAAGAUGGUAAGUUAUCCCGAGCACCCGCAGGCCAAGAUGCUGCUCAUACGGCUCUCCCGGACUUUGGCCCUCGAGUGA